AAAAUUUGUACUUUUACAGCAUUGGAGGUUGUUCCUAGAAUAUUAUCAGAGUUGUGUUCCAAAUCAAUGACUCCAACUAAACAUCUAGAAACACAACAAGCUUUGGUCAAACAGUUUGCGGAGUUAUUAGACUUUGUUCUAGCAUUUGAUGAACUGAAGAAUUAUUUACAGGAAUAUAAUGAUAACGAUUUAAACGUGUCUAAUGAACUCGCAAACAGAAUGUCUCUAUUUUACGCUCACGCGACUCCUAUGCUGAAAGUGCUGAGCGACGCAACGACUCAAUUUGUCUCCAAUAAUAAAGACUUGCCGGUAGAAAACACAACGGAGACUCUACAGACCAUGGCCAACAUCUGCCAGAGAAUGGUCGAAAGCACGGAGUUUUCUUCGAGAUUUAACAAAGAAGACACUAUACUAUUUGUUUUGAGAGUCAUGGUGGGUGUCAUAAUACUCUACGAUCACGUCCAUCCGGUCGGUGCCUUUGCCAAGUCCUCUCACAUUGAUAUGAAAGCUUGUAUUAAAGUUCUGAAAGAUCAAGAACCUUGUGAUGUGGAAGGUUUAUUAAAUGCACUUAGAUACACUACGAUACAUCUAAAUGACGAAACAACUCCGAAGCACAUAAAAAAUCUUCUAGCCUGAGUGCUUUGUUUUAGUCUUACUUUCGCGAAUGCAUUUCUUUCAAGAUCCAGAGAAAGGGACCAAAGAAAAUUUAUGUAUUCUUUCACGUUCCUUUUUUCUGUUGUAAAUCUCACAGUGAAAUUAUACAAUGAAAUUAUAAUGAUUUUGUGAUAAGAAUCAAAUAAUUUUUUUAACAUUAAUAUUGUAUUGAAAUUUUCUACUUUGUACAGAAAGUUGAUCAUUGUUAACAUUGUUAUAAUAAUGUAUGUUAAAUGUUUCUCACAUUUGCAAUAAAUAUUUAAUAAAGUU